AUUUCUCUUGGUAUUUAUCCCUGUUCUUACACAUGUACUUCACUAUCCAUUCUCGUUCUAUGCCCGUUGCAUAUGUUGUGAUUGAUUGCUUCGUCUGACCUCUAAACCCCGACACUUACUCCCGAUCGUUCUCGGGGAAUCCGAUAAUUCUGAGCCUAAAUUUUACCCUGCAUCUCAUACUGUCUUCAUCUCCUAUCCUUUCUCCCGAUCGCCGCGCGUGCAUAAACUUCUCGGCUUGCCGCUGCAGAAAACCCCACAGCUCAUUAACGUUGAUCAGGCUACGGAUUGGGGUGGCGUGCCUAAUUUUGUCAGGGCGUCCGGCUUUUUAUUUUGCCUUGUCGGGUUGGUGAAACUGGCGAUGCCGAAUUGAAAAAAUGAAAUACAAGAGACGCAGGGUUUCAGACGUGCCUCCUAAAAUAAGAUCCUUUAUCAGAAGCGUGACAUCUUUUACCUUAGAGAAGAUAGAAGAACCAUUAAAGGGCUUUGUCUGGGAUUUUGAUAAGGGAGAUUUUCAUCACUGGGCUGACCUUUUUAAUCAUUUUGAUUCGUUUUUUGAAAAGUACAUAAAGCCAAGAAAGGAUUUGCUACUUGAUGACAAUUUUUUUGGAGCAGAUCCUCCAUUCCCUAGAGAAGCAGUACUGCAAAUUCUUAGGGUGACUCAAGUCAUAUUGGAUAAUUGCUCAAAUAAGCACUUAUAUAGUUCCUUUAAACAACAUCUCUCAUCUCUAUUAUCUUCAACCGAUGCUGAUGUUGUUGAGACAAGUCUUCAAACAUUGACUGCAUUUUUGAAGAAACCUGUUCGGAAAUGCUCAAUUCAUGAUAGUUCAUUGACUUCAAAGCUAUUUUCUUUUAGCCAGGGAUGGGGGAGCAAAGAAGGUGGCCUUGGAUUGAUUUCGUGCUCUCUAAUGAAUGGUUGUGAUCCUAUUGCAUUUGAAGUUGGCUCUACAGUCCAUUUUGAAUUUUAUGUAGUUCCUGAUUUAUCUCAGGCCUCUGGUGUCACAGAUCAUUUGUGCCAGGGUUUGCAGGUUAUACAUCUUCCUAAAAUUGGUCAAUGUAAAGAGAAUGAUCUUGAGCUGUUGGAUAAGUUGGUGAAGGAGGAGAAUGUCCCCCAUAAUUUACGCUUCUCAUUAUUAACAAGAUUUAGAUUUGCAAGGGCUUUCAAUUCGUUGGCUUCCCGACAUCAAUAUAUUUGUAUACGAUUAUAUGCUUUUAUGAUUCUAGUCCAAGCAAGCAUUGAUACUGAUGAUUUGGUGGUAUUUUUUAAUAAUGAGCCGGAAUUUAUCAGUGAGCUUGUAUCUUUGCUUAGCUAUGAAAGUGAAGUUCCUGAAAAAAUUCGGGUUUUGGGAAUACAGUCAUUGGUUGCUCUUUGCCAUGAUCGAUCUCUCCAAUCUACAGUUUUGAGCUCUGUUACGACUGGUGGACAUUGUGGUGUCCUUCCAAGUCUUAUGCAGAAGACAGUAGAUUACAUUCUUUGUAACUCUGGUGAUGUUUCAAUAGUUUUUGCUGGUGCUCUUUUAUCUCUCGUCUCUGUUUUGGUUUCUUCCACUCCUGGUUCAUUAGCUCUGCAGGAGGCUGGAUAUAUUCCAACUAUUUUACCUCUUCUUAAGGAUACUGAGCCAAAGCAUCUCCAACUUGUCAGUACUGCAGUGCACAUUAUAGAGGGUUUUUUAGAUUUCAAUAAUCCUUCUGCUGCAUUAUUCGGAGAUUUGGGUGGCUUUGAUGACACAAUUACACGCUUAAAGAUUGAAGUUGCGAAUGUUGAGAAUGGUUCAAAAAGAAAGGCAGAAGGUGUUCUAUCUCAUAGCAGGGGAAAACAAAUGCUCGACUCUUGUGAAAUCCUUAUGCAGCCUUAUUGCUCUGAAGCCUCAAUUUCUUAUCACCGAAGGCUACUACUUAAAGCUUUGCUUCGUGUAAUAUCACUGGCGACCUAUGUCCCUGGUAGCUCUGCUCGAAUUGAUGGUCCUGAAGAGAGCAUGUUGCCAUAUUGCUUGUGUAUUAUCUUUCGAAGGGCAAAAGAUUUUGGCGGUGGAGUUUUCUCACUUGCUGCAAUUGUUAUGAGUGAUCUUAUACACAAGGAUCCUACAUGUUAUCCAGUCCUGGAUGCAGCAGAUUUGCCACAGGCUUUUCUUGAUGCAGUCAUGAAUGGUGUACCUUGCUCUGCUGAAGCUGUAACGUGUAUACUGCAAUGCUUGGAUGCAUUAUGCUUGAACAAUGCAGGUCUUCAUCUUGUGAGGGAACGUAAUGUACUGAGGUGUUUUGUGAAAAUAUUUACUUCAAGAUCGUAUCUAAGGGCUCUCAGUGGAGAUAUUACAAGUUCUUUGUCUAAUUCUCUUGAUGAGCUAUUGCGUCAUGCAUCCUCACUUUGUACUUCUGGGGUUGAUAUGCUUGUUGAAAUCUUGAACACAAUAGCAAAUGUUGGAUCUGUGUCAGAAUCUCAUCAUUGUUAUGAAUUUCUAGCCUCUUCCGUAUCUGUUCCUAUGGAAACUUGCUCUGGCGACAAGACUGUUUUAUCUAGUGAAGGAGAAUUUUGCUGGUCAGUUAGCACAGAACAGACGAUAGAUGCAUCAUCUGAUGCUAUUUCAUUAAGUGUAGAAUCUUUUCUUCCUGAAUGCAUCAGCAAUACUGCCCGGCUUUUUGAGACUGUUCUUCAGAAUGCUGAAAUAUGUCGCUUGUUUAUUGAGAAGAAAGGUAUUGAAGCUAUUCUCAAAUUGUUCUUGUUGCCUUCUAUACCUAUUUCUGUUUCUAUCGGGGAAAACAUUUCUGUUGCGUUCAAGCAUUUUUCGCCUCAGUAUUCUGUUGCCUUAGCUGGAACUGUUUGUUCCUUUUUUAGGGAACAUCUGAAGUUGACAAAUGAAUUGCUCAACUCACUCUGUGGAUCUAAGCUUACUGAGGUUGAAAGUGAAAAGCAAAUGGUGGUAUUAAAAUGCAUGUUAACUCUAGAAGGAUUAUUAUCACUUGUCAAUUUUCUUUUAAAAGGAACAACAACUAUGGCUUCUGAAUUAGGUUCCUCUGAUGCUGAUAUCUUGAUAGAGCUGGGGAAAGCCUACCGAGAGGUUCUGUGGCAGAUUUCUCGAACCAGUGACUUAAAAGAGAAGCAGGAUGCUGACCAUGAGGUUGGCAUAGGGGACGCAUCAUUAUCUCCUAAUACAGAAAGGGAGAGUGAUGAUGAUGGAAGCACUGCACCAGUUCUCAGAUACAAUAAUUCGGUAUCUAUUCAUAACAUCUCUACUUCUCAUUGGAAUACAGAACAAGAGUUUGUCUCGUACAUUCCUGGUGCUACUGCUCGAAAUGUCCUUCGACAUGGUCGACCUAACUAUUCUCGACUACGUGGAAGCAGAUUAAGUCGCAAUAUGGAUAUUUCACAAUCUGAUUCAGAUGUUUCUUCAAACAGCUUCAAUAAUUUACUUUUGGUUGAAAAUAAGAAGAAAAAACCGAUUGUUCUUGUUUCAGAAGUUUUGCUUAAACUUAGAUUUGCCAUCCAUACUUUCCAUGCAACCCUGGUGAAAGGAUUGAGUUCUCGUCGCAGAACUGAAUCAUGUUCUCUUAGUCCGACUUCCAAAAGUUUUGUGACAGCUCUUGCAAAAGUUUUCCAUGAUGCUCUUACUUAUUCUGGGCAUCCUUCUGCUGGGCUUGAGACGCCCCUGUCAGUCAAAUGCCAAUACCUUGGAAAGGUUGUAGAGGCAAUGGGCGUACUUGUCUUUGAUAACAGACGCCGUGCAUGCAAUACUGCUCUUAUAAAUAGUUUUUAUGUGAAUGGAACAUUUAAGGAGAUUUUAACUACAUAUGAGGCUACCAGUCAGCUGCUCUGGACAUUGCCUUUUUCUUUUCACAUUCCUGUACGUGAACAUGGAACAUCUGCAGAUGGGAACAUGUCAUUCGAAAGUUCAUGGCUGCUUGAUACUUUGCUGAGUUAUUUCAACUUGUUGGAAUAUCAUGUCAACUCUUCAUUGCUGUUAUCUCUGUCAUCACCAUCCCAAUCACAGCUUCUUGUUCAACCUGUUGCUACUGGCCUAUCAAUUGGUCUGUUUCCUAUCCCUAGAGACCCGGAGGUAUUUGUCCGCAUGCUUCAGUCACAAGUUCUUGAUGUGAUACUUCCUUUAUGUACCCAUCCCAUGUUUUCUAACUGCAGUCCAGCCCUCAUCAAUGCUGUGGUUUCUAAUGUCACUCAUAUUUACACUGGGGUGGGGAACAUAAAACGUGGUCAUGGUAUUGCAGGAAGUAGUGCCCAACGAAUCAAUACCCGCCCAAUUGAUGAAUCCUCUAUUGCUACUAUAGUUGAGAUGGGAUUUUCCAGGGUGCGAGCUGAAGAUGCUUUGAGAAAUGUGGGCACAAAUAGUGUUGCAAUUGCCACAGAUUGGCUGUUUAACCAUCCCGAAGAAUUUGUUCAGGAGGAUGUGCAGCUCGCACAAGCUCUUGCUUUGUCACUUGGAAAUUCCUCUGAAACAUCCAAGGAUGAUGAUGGUGAUGAGACCAAGAAUGUAUUUACAGAAGAAAAGGGAGCAGAUAUACCACCCUUUGAUGAGAUAAUGCACGUUUCAAUAAAGUUAUUGCAAGGAAGUGAUUCAAUGGUAUUUCCAGUCGCAGAUCUAUUAUUGACACUCUGCAGUCGUAAUAAGGGUAAAGAUCGAGGGAAGGUGCUUUUGUAUUUUAUUCAGCAAAUGAAAAACUACUCGACAGAUUUUUCUGAAGACAUAGAUAAAUUAUUCCCAAUGUCACAUAUAUUAGCCUUAAUUUUGAAUGAAGAUAGCAGCGCCCGAAAAAUAGCUGCAGAAAAUGGAGUUGUCUCUACUAUCAUAGCUAUCCUGGAAAAUGUCCUAGCGGGGAAUAAUCUUAACACAGAGGCUGUAAUUACCAAAUUUGUGAGUGCUUUGCUGCUUAUAUUGAAUUGCAUGCUGCAGCAUACCACCAAGAUUCCUGAAAAAAAUUCUGAUGGUUUUUCCACUUUACUGCCUGAUUCAUCAAAAGUUGAUGCCUCCUUACCAUUUUCAACCCCUGUUGAGGUUAUGAAAUCUCCUUCGGAUUGCCUGGAAAAGGGACCUGGCAAUCUGUUAGAAAAUAUCUUGGGGAAAUCCACUGGAUAUUGUAGCAUUGAGGAGAGUCGUAGAGCAAUGGCUCUUACUUGUGAUUUCAUAAAGCAGCAAGUAAGCUCAAUGAUUAUGCAGGCUGUUUUACAACUCUGCGCUCGCUUGACAAAGACAUAUGUCAUAGCAACUCAGUUCCUUGAAAAUGGAACCUUGGCUGCCCUAUUCAACCUUCCAAGUAGUUGUAUAUUCCCUGGAUUUGAUAACUUGGCAUCCACUAUCAUUAGGCACCUUCUUGAAGAUCCUCAAACUUUGCAGGCAGCUAUGGAAUUUGAGAUAAGGCAGACCCUUUCUAGAAGCCAUAGUAGGUAUACGUCGCAUCUUUCUCCCAGAUUAUUUCUGACAUCAAUGGCACCUGUGAUCUCUAGAAAUCCAAAAGUUUUUAUGAGAGCAGCAGUUGCUGUUUGUCAGUUGGAGUCCUCAGGAGGGAGGACAACAGUAGUGUUAACAAAGGAAAAGGAUAAAGAAAAGCCCAAAGCUGCUGCUGAAAAUGGAACCUCUAUUAAUGAACCCUUAAGGUUAUCUGAAACUAGAUUAAAUGAUAAUAAUGCUAAAUGUACGAAAAGUCAUAAAAGUGUUCCUGCCAAUCUAGCACAGGUAAUCGAUCAGCUUUUAGAAAUAGUUAUGAGUUAUCCAGUUAUGAAAAAACAUGAAGACAGCACUAGCUCUUUUAGCCCAAUGGUAAUUGACAAGUUUGUUCUGAAGGAAAAAGGAAAAUCGAAGGUUGAUGAUAUUAAGAUGGAUCUUGAUGGCUUCUCUGAAAAAUCUGCCUUGCUUGCGAAGGUGACAUUCGUCCUUAGGUUGAUGAGUGAUAUGCUUCUUAUGUAUGUGCAUGCAGUUGGGGUGGUACUUAAACGGGAUUCUGAGAUGUAUUUUCUACGAGGAUCUGGGCAAGUGAGUAGCACUGGUCAUCAAGGAGUUAUACACCAUAUAUUGCAUGAAUUUCUCCACAGUUCUUCAGAAAAAAAUACUGAAUGCUCAGAUGAGCUAAGGGAGAGGUUGUCUGAAAAGGCUUCAUGGCUCUUGGUAGUUCUGUGUGGACGUUCUAUGGAGGGACGCAGGAGAGUUAUUGCUGAAAUUGUGAAGAUAUUUUCUUCUUUCCCAGUAUUGGAAAGGAACACUGAAAGCAUUUUGUUGCCUGUCAAGUACGUUCUUGUAUUUGUCGAUUUGGUCUAUUCUAUUUUAUCCAAAAAUUCUUCUAACAACUUGCCUGGAUCUGGAUGCUCCCUGGAUAUUGCCAAAACCAUGAUAGAUGGUGGAAUGGUACAAGCACUUUGUAAUAUGAUUGGGUGUAUAGAUCUGGACCACCCAGAUGCUCCUAAGCUUGUCAAUUUGAUACUCAAGGCUUUAGAGUGCCUAACAAAAGCUGCUAAUGCUAGUGAUCGAGUGUUUAAGUCUGAUGGACAGAAUAAGAAAAGAUCUAAUGCCACGCAUGAAAUAAUGGAAGAACAGAGUAAUAAUAAUAAUGGAAGCAUUAACCAUGAUCAGAGCAUGAAUCCACGUAAUACUGCUGUUGUCCAAGUUGAAGAGCACCAGAUAGGGGAAUUUCAUCAUAGUGGUAGGCAGGAUAAUGCAAAUCUAAGUCAAAACAUUGAGCAUGAGAUGCGAGUAAAUAGGGAAGAGCAUGCUGAGAACCCAACAACAGAUAGGGUCCAAUUUAUACGUCAGGAAAUCAAUGAGAGUGGUGUAAUUCAGAAUUCUAAUGACAUCGGCUUGGAUUUUCGGAUUGAACAACACCUUGAUGAUGAGAUGGCUGAUGAAGAUGAGGAGAUGGGGGAUGAUGGUGAUGAUGAUGAUGAUGAAGAUGAUGAGGAAGAUGAUGACAAUGAAGAAGACAUUGCUCAAGGAACUGGUUUAAUGUCUUUAGCUGGUACUGAUGUAGAUGACCAUGAUGACAGUGGUUUGGUUGAAGAAUAUAACAUUAAUGCAAUUGAUGAAGAAGAUGAUGAUUCCCCUGAAAACCAUGUUAUUGAAGUAAGGUGGAGAGAAGGAUUAACUGGUUUUGAUCAGUUGCGUGUUGUAAGGGGAUCUGGAAAUGUUAGUGGUUUUGUUGAUGUUGCUUCUGAGCCAUUUCGGAGAAUAACCGCAGAUGAAAUAUUCAGUUUCCAACGUUCACUGGGCGCUGACCGGCGGCGUCCAAGUGGUAAUCAGAAUUUUGUUGACAGGUCAUGUUUUGAUGGUAAUGCUUUCCAACAUCCAUUACUUCUGAGGCCUUCUCUGUCAGGUGAGACAGGUACUUCGAUUUGGCCAUCCGCUGGAAACACUUCCAGAAAUUCCGGAGCAUUGUCAGUUGGAAGUGCUGAUUUAGCCCAUUUAUAUAUGUUUGAUUCUGGUCUCUCAACCGAACAUGCUGCUUCAACAUUACAUGGUAACAACUUAGUUGAUUCUGCGCCACAUUUCAUUGAUUUUUCUUUUGGCGUGGAUUCCCUGCAAAUGGGGCCAAGAAGGGGAGUUGGUGAUAGUCGGUGGACAGAUGACGGUCUUCCUCAAGCAGGUACCAAUGCUUCUGCUAUUGCACAAGCUGUUGAGGAUCAAUUUGUAUCUCAGUUACGUGGCAUACUUUCUGUCAGUAAUCCUCCCAUUCAGAGGCCAUCUGGGCAUUCUCUAGGACAAAUUAACCAGUCAUCAUUGUUAAUUGCCAAUAAUCAUGUACUGGCAAGCAUAGAAAGUGAUCCUUUUGAACCAGGAGAAUUUCAGCAUCUGGAAACUGGAUUUGAUGAAUCAGCUCAAUGGCUAGAUAAUGUAGCUUGUGAAGAUCCUUCUAUUCCAUCUCAGGGAGAAGCAGAUAACGCUGUUGCUGGAAUUAUUGAGAAUGAGGGUGCAUUGGAAGCAAGGCAAUUUGUUAUUGAUGAUCCAAAUGUUUCGGCUCUUAAUGCCCCUGAGAGGUUGCUUGUCUGGAAUGAAGAUGGGCCCAUCACCAUACCUUCACAUGUUCCUGAAAUCGUCAUGUCAUCUGAUGAUUUGCACAAUGUUGAUCAGCAUGUACCAUAUGAUUCUGAAGCACUUCCAUGUCCCCUAAGCAUAGAUUCCCAUAGUGAUUGUCUUCAUGGAAAUAACGACUUUGAAAAUCAUUCUAGUAGCCAAGCAGUCAUUGAUUCAGGUUCAACGUUGCCCAUUUUAGGUGAUGGUCGUGCUGGUCCAAGUCCGGCAAGUGCUGAUUUUGAUAUGAAUGCUACGGAAACAAUGGGGAAUCAAGUCAAUGGUGUGGUUCCUACUAAUGAUGAACUAUCAAAUAUGCAUGAUGCAUCUUUUCCUAAGGAAGCCAUUCAAAAUCAAGGGAUUGUUAAUAACGAUUCUUCUUGUAUGAACGGCAUCGACCCAACAUUUUUGGAGGCACUCCCUGAUGAUCUCCGUGCUGAAGUAUUGGCUUCACAACAAGUUCAGUCUGCUGGGACUUCUACGUAUGCUCCACCUGCUGCAGAAGAGAUAGAUCCAGAGUUUUUGGCUGCACUUCCCCCAGAUAUCCAAGCUGAGGUUUUGGCUCAACAAAGAGCACAAAGGGAUGGACAUGUGCAACAUGCUCAUGGUCAACCAGUGGACAUGGACAAUGCUUCAAUUAUUGCCACCUUCCCUCCUGAACUGCGUGAAGAGGUUCUCCUCACAUCAUCUGAUGCUGUCCUUUCAGCAUUACCGUCAGCUUUACUUGCUGAGGCUCAAAUGCUCAGGGAUAGAGUAUCAAGCCAUUACAGUGCUCGCAGCAGCUUCUUUGAUGGAAGCCAAAGGCUUAGCAGUAGGAGGCUGACGGUUGACCGGCUGACAAUUAUGGAUAGAGGUGUAGGAGCAACAAUAGGUUCAAGAGCAGCUUCAGCAAUUGCAAGAAACUUGAAUGUUAAAGAAACUGAAGGGAUGCCUCUUGUGGAUGUAACUUCUUUGAGAUCUUUAAUUCGACUCCUAAGAGUAGCUCAGCCAUUAGGGAAAGGCCUUCUCCAAAGACUUCUGUUAAACCUAUGUGCACAUAAUGUCACACGUGCAAAUCUGGUUUUUCUUUUGGUUGACAUAAUACAACCAGAAGCUGAUGUGUUAACUGGAUCCAUGAGUAGCUCCCAGCGUCUCUACGGAUGUCAAUGGAAUAUUAUUUAUGGACGACCACAAUGUUCUAAUGGUAUUCCGCCACUGUUGUCACGUCGUGUUCUGGAGAUGUUAACUUUCUUGGCUACAAACCAUCCUUCUGUAGCAAGCAUUCUUUUCAACUUUGAAGUUUUGUCGCCUUCUGAGCCUUCAUCAUGCAAACCCAGUUCGGAAGUCAGGUCGGACAAAGCUAAAGAAAGGAUAUGUGAGCAAAAUGGUGCUUUAACCUUAGAGUCUUCUCAGAAGGGUGAUGCGCCUCUAGUAUUAUUUUUGAAGCUUCUGAAUAGACCUUUGUUUUUACGUAGUAAUGUGCAUCUUGAGCAGGUCAUGGGUUUGAUACAGGUUAUAGUUGACAAUGCUGUGGCAAAAAUAGAUUGUCAGCGUCAAUAUGUGCUAGCAGCAGGAAGGUCUGUGACUCAGGCAGAUAGCACUCCAUCAAAUAGUCUGCGAGAUUCCGCCAUCCUAGAGCAGAUUCGUGAUCAAGAUGGUAAUCCUAAUUCCAGCAAUCGGCAGCUCAACGUUGAUGGGGAAGAGUCAUUUAGCGCUCAUAAUACAUUUUUGCAACUCCCUAACCCUGUUUUAUGCAAUCUGUGCCGUAUUCUUGCUCAUGCUGGGCUUUCUGAAAAGGUUUAUUCACUCGUGGCGGAUGUUGUGGAAAAAUUGGCCUUUGUUGUUGCUCCUCAUCGGAAGUUCUUUGCAAUUGAGUUAGCGGAAUUAGCCUGUAACUUGAGCGUUUCAGCUGUUGGUGUGCUUGCAACAUUUAGAAGCACUCACAUGUUGCCCUUAGGUGCAGGUUCUAUGGCUGGAGCUGCAAUUUUGCGUGUGCUGCAGACCCUUAGUGCUCUUAUUACUGUUGAUGGAGCAAAGCCUGAAAAGUUUGGACAUGGGUAUGAUGAGCCAUCUAUCUUGAUCAACUUAAAUUUAGCACUUGAGCCGCUUUGGCAGGACUUAAGUGAUUGCAUUACGGCAACCGAGGCAAAGCUGGGGCAAAAUUCCACAUUUUCCCCUUCUCAAUCAAUUCCAGAUGCUUCUCACAUUUCUGGGGGACGUUCUACAGUGUCUCCUCUUCCUCCUGGUACUCAGCAGUUGUUGCCAUUUGUAGAAGCCUUUUUCAUUAUAUGUGAAAAACUUCAGAUUUACCAAGUCAUGCUGGCUGAUGAAACUUCAGCUGCCGGGGAAAAAGAAUUUAGUGGCCUCCUACAUUCAUCUCCUUCUAAGAGUAAUGGAACUAGCACUCUGUCAUUUGCAAGGAUUGUUGAAAAGCACCGGCGCCUUCUUAAUAUUUUUGUUAGGCAGAAUCCACGCCUUCUUGAGAAAUCAUUUUCUAUGAUGUUGAAAGUUCCCAGGCUUAUUGAUUUUGAUAAUAAAAGAGCUUAUUUUCGUUCGCGUAUUAGGCAGCAACAUGAUCAACACCCUUCUGCUCCACUGCGAGUAAGUAUUCGGCGUGCUUAUAUCUUGGAAGAUUCGUAUAAUCAGCUACGCUUGCGUUCGGCUCAAGAUUUAAAAGGGAGGUUAAUGGUUCAUUUUCAAGGAGAAGAGGGUAUAGAUGCUGGCGGGCUGACUAGGGAGUGGUACCAACUUCUCUCGAGAGUGAUAUUUGAUAAGGGAGCACUGCUUUUUACUACCGUUGGGAACAAUGCAACUUUUCAACCUAACCCCAACUCUGUAUACCAAACAGAGCAUCUUUCAUAUUUCAAGUUUGUUGGUAGACUGGUUGCAAAAGCACUUUUUGAUGGGCAACUUUUGGAUGUGCACUUUACUCGCUCCUUCUAUAAACACAUUCUAGGUGUGAAAGUGUCUUAUCAUGAUAUUGAGGCAGUUGACCCCGACUACUAUAAGAACUUAAAGUGGAUGCUUGAGAAUGAUAUUAGUGACGUGCCAGACUUGACAUUUAGCAUGGAUGCUGAUGAAGAAAAACUAAUACUAUACGAAAAAAAUGAGGUUACUGAUUACGAGCUUAAACCUGGAGGGAGGAAUAUCAGGGUAACUGAAGAGACAAAGAAUGAGUAUGUGGACCUUGUAGCAGAACACAGGUUGAGUACAGCCAUUCGUCCUCAAAUAAAUUCCUUCCUGCAAGGUUUCGAUGAAUUAGUUCCGCGGGAUCUCAUUUCAAUAUUUAAUGACAAGGAGCUUGAACUUCUGAUCAGUGGACUUCCGGAAAUUGAUGUUGAUGAUCUAAAAGCCAACACUGAGUACACCGGCUAUACCACAGCAUCAACUGUAGUUCAUUGGUUCUGGGAGGUAGUUAAAUUAUUUAACAAGGAAGACAUGGCGAGAUUUUUGCAGUUUGUGACUGGAACAUCAAAGGUUCCAUUGGAAGGAUUCAAGGCAUUACAGGGAAUAUCUGGCUCCCAAAAGUUUCAAAUCCACAAGGCAUAUGGUGCUCCUGAGAGACUUCCAUCCGCCCAUACCUGUUUCAACCAGCUCGACUUACCCGAAUAUUCAUCCAAGGAGCAAUUAGAAGAACGUUUGUUGCUUGCCAUCCAUGAAGCUAGUGAAGGUUUUGGCUUCGGUUGACUUGGUUUUGCUUUGUAAAGGCCUUCCUUUUUCCUGUUUUUCUUGUACAGAACAGAAGCAGCUGUUAGGCGGAUGGAAGGGGCCUGCUGUUGUUCUGGGCUUUUGAUUCUAGUUGGCCCGAACACAAAGCUGGCUUUCCAGAAAAACCUCUGAUUGUGCGGGUGAUUGCUCCGCAGGUAUUCUUGACUUUCUAUGGCUGCUGCUCUGUGUUCCUCCCUUCUUUUUGGUUGCUUUUCUAAGGCCUUGUUCUAGACAAACAAUAUAUAUAUAUAUAUAUAUGUUUUUUUAAUAUUUAAUUAAUUAUUUAAUUCAAUGUGCUACUACACUUG